AUGGCGAAACGAAAGUUUGACGAAGUGGAAUAUGGGGAUGACAGUAUUUCGGAUGACUUAUUAAACGAAAUUGGAGAAGUCUUUGAAAAUCAAUAUGGCAACGAUGUGACAGACUCGCAAAUGGUUCAAUUUGGUCGUGAAUUGGAUCAACAACAAUUAGAUGCCCUCGACAUUGGUUUGGAUGAACAGCCUGAGCAAAUUGGUGGUGGUAUGCCCUUGUUUGAAUUUGAUUUUCAAAAAUUUGGUCUCCCCAAGCGGUGGAAGAAAUCAGUGGCGAAUCAACAAAGAUAUCGCGCCACAUUAAAACAGAGGCGUAACCCAACAAAGAACGAUAAUGUGUGAAAAGAAGUCACGGAGGCUUUAGUCAGGUAAGAUGAUCAUGAUUUAGUUUCUGUCGUUAAGUAAUUGCUACGAGCACUAUGAAACAGACAUAGAUAAAAAUCAUCAUGUGUCUUCGAUAUAUGGAGAAGCUGACCUAGCAAUAUCAAAACUUGUCUUAGAAAUCAAAAAUGAAAGAGAAAAAACUGCUAGAUCCUUAAGGACCUUUUUUAUUUCUUAAAUCGAUGAAAGAAACACUCCAUCGCAAAAAAGUUACCGACCAGUGGCAAAACAAGACAUUGAAAGAUACAGAUGAAGUGUUUUUAAACUUUAAAGCCGAGAAAUUUGACCACCAUGUACAAACACAACGCUUUACUGUCGGUGAAAUCAUGAAUGGAAAUGGCGAAGAGCGAUUUGGUGCAUAUAUGAACCAACUGGCCAAUCAACUUAACUCGAAUGAAUCUUUUAGCCCUGAGGAUAAGUUCGCCGUCGACCUCACCAUCGUGCCAAAACCAAAGGAAGGUGGUAAAUCUAAAUUAACAAAGGGAAGACAUAAUAUUGAAGAUGUUCUCCACAACAAACAAUGUGUGUUACCGAUUAAAAAUUCAGAAGACAACCUUUGCCUUGCAAGAGCCAUUUGUCUAACAAAAGCCCACUUGCAUAAAGACGAUGGUGUAGAGGGAAAGCGUUACUAUAAGAAUCUUGGAAAUAAUCCGAAUGUGCUCACCCGAUGCGCCAAAUUCCUUCACAAGCAAGCUGGUGUGCCCGAAGGCCCUUGUGGGCAUGCUGAAUUAGAAAAGUUUCAACAGUACCUGGCGCCCGACUAUCAGUUGAAAGUGAUGACCACAUGCUAUCCAUAUUGCAUUACGUUUCAAGGAAACGUGGAAUCACCAAAGUACAUCAUCCGCCUCCUGUAUCAACCAGAGUAUGAAAGCGAUAUGGGUCAUUACCAUGGAUGUACGUCUUACCUCGGAUUCCUGGAAAGAUCGUAUUUUUGUGACACGUGCAACAAAGGCUUUGACCAUGACGACUUCCGCAACCACCCAUGCGAGGGCCGUCGCUGUAAAGCAUGCAAGCAGACCAAAUGUGGUACAAAACCUCACGAACCCACUCUCCACUGCUCAGCCUGCAACCGCCAUUUUUACAGUCAGAACUGCCUCGCCUUACACCGCGCAAAAAACAUCUGCAUGACCCUAGUACGAUGCGGUAACUGUUGCAAACAAUUUCAGCCAGACCCCCAACAGCUACACCGUUGUUACUUUGGAAAAUGCUCUAACUGUAAGGAGUACGUGGACCUUAGAGAACACAAAUGCUACAUUCAAUCCAUCCCUGAACAAGAAGAUUCACCCAAACAGAAAACGAAAGCCAAAAUCAAGAAGCAUUUAAAAAUAAACCCUGAGGCAUCCGUGUACGAAGAACCACCCAUCUUCGUCUACGCGGACUAUGAAGCCAUGAUCAGCGAAGACGGAACACACCUACCCAUUUGCGUCUGCGCUCAAACUUCCGACAACAACACCUCCUUCACGUUUUAUGGCGACGAUUGCAGUAAACAGUUUCUGGAAUUCUUGACGAACCUUACCGAAGAUCAGUACAAAGAACCGCGUGAAGUCAUCUGCAUAUUCCAUAAUUUAAAAGGGUAUGAUUCCAUUUUCAUACAGCAUCAGCUUGUGAUAGAAGGAAGAAAAUUCGAUGUGAUGAUUCCUAACGGCACAAAGAUGAUUUCUCUGGAAGCUGGUAAAAUCACAUUUAAAGAUUCCAUGGCUUUUCUUCCCAUGGCUCUAUCCGCAUUUACCGACAUCUUUGGUCUCACCAAGUUGAAAAAAGGCUUCUUCCCACACAAGUUUCAUACGCAAGAAAAUCAAAGUUAUGUGGGUCCGUUACCUGAAGUUUCUUACUAUGAUCCGGAGGGAAUGUCGAGUAAGAAAAAAGAAGAAUUCGAAGUGUGGUAUAGAGAAGAAGCAGCCAAACAACACCCAUUUGAUCUCAAAGAAGAACUGCUUGCAUACUGUCACUCAGAUGUUGCGUUACUGAAAGCUGGAUGUCACAAAUUCAUUAAAGAAUUUAAAAGCAUCGCCGGUUUCAAUCCUAUGGAAAAAUGCGUUACGAUUGCCGCAGCGUGUAACCCUUAUUGGAGGAGGAAAUAUUUACCCUUAGAUCUCAUAGCAGUAGAACCUUCAUCGGGGUGGCGAGGUGCCUGUAUGAAUCACUCCAAAGCAUCGUUGGAAUGGUUGAUGUGGCAAGAAUACAAUACCGGAAGUAGAAUUCAGCACGCAUGUAACGGAGGAGAGUAUCGUAUCCCUGUUGACCCUACCUCGUACUUCGUGGAUGGUUACGAUGCACAGACCCGCACAGUCUACGAAUUUCACGGGUGCCUCUAUCAUGGUUGUCGUACCUGUUACACCAAUCGCAAACAAAUUCCGUUCUGUUCCAAUGGGUUGACCGUAGAAGCCUUACGCCAACAGACCAGUCAGAAAAUCCAAAAACUCCGUGGUAAAGGGUAUCGAGUGGUGGAAAUCUGGGGGUGCGAAUGGGAGAAAGAGAAGAAAGAAACACCAGCCAUUACCGAAUUUCUAAAAGAUUUGGAUAUCGUCCCUCCUUUGAACCCAAGAGAAGGUUUUUACGGUGGUAGAAUGGGCGCCGCCUGCCUGUACCAUAAAGUAAAUGAAGAAGAAAGAGAAGAAAUCCGCUACAUCGACGUAGCCUCUGAGUACCCCUACGUAAACAAGUAUGGUACGCACCCUGUAGGCCACCCGGACAUCUAUUUGGAACCAGAGAAUCAAGACCCUAGAAGUUACUUUGGCUUGAUGACUGUGGACAUCACCCCACCCGCUGAGCUGUAUAACCCAGUCUUACCUUACUGUCAUAAAAUUGGAAACUCCUACAAGCUGACCUUCCCGUUAUGCCGUAAGUGUGUAGAAAUAGAGACACAGAAAGAACACAUGCUGGAAUGCGACCAUCACUGCCCAAACAGUGAUGAAGAACGAAUGUUACGAGGCACCUGGUGUACCCCAGAGAUACAUAAAGCAAUCGAAAAAGGAUACCGACUCGUCCGAAUUCAUAAAGUAUGGGACUUCCCGCAGCGUCAAAAAGGUCUGUUCCAGCCGUACGUGGACACCUGGUUAAAAAUUAAGCAAGAGAGCGGUGGCUACCCAAACUGGGUGCGGACCGAUACGCAAAAAGAAAAAUACAUUCAUUGCUCUGAAGAUAAAGAAGGUAUCCGACUCGACCCUACCAAGAUCGUCAAGAACCCCGGAAGAAAAGCCACAGCUAAACUCAUGCUUAACUCCUUCUGGGGGAAAUUUGGCCAACAAAACAAUAAAUCGAAGACCAAACAAUGCACGCAACCCUACGAACUCCUAGAUCUGCUUGACGACCCUCUCUUCACCAUGACAGACAUCCGUAUUCUUAAUUCCGAAGUAAUAGAAGUAUCGUAUAAACGCGAUGAAGAAGAUCCUUACAAAGGGAGCAAUACUAAUAUUUUCAUCGCAGCAUUUACCACCUGUUUGGCCCGCCUUAAAUUGUACGAAUCGUUGGAGAAGUUGGGUGACCGAGUCUUAUAUUACGAUACAGACUCAGUCAUAUAUACAUGGAAACCGGGGCAGACAGAAAUCGAGCUUGGCGACUACCUUGGCGACAUGACCAACGAGCUUGACAAUGAUGACUUUAUUGUAGAAUUCAUCUCCGCAGGUGCGAAGAACUAUGGGUAUCAAACAAAGAAUGGUAAAGUGGUGUGCAAAGUAAAGGGAUUCUCGCUGAAUGUAUGUGGUGCCAAACAGCUGAAUUACAUCAUCCGCCAAAAUAUUUUGGAUGAGGUUCUUCACCCGUUAGAUGAACAAAGAAAAACGCUGGUAGUCAACCCGACCCACUUUGUCAGAAACCCCACUGUGAAAAAAAUUAAGACUGAGACUCAGACUAAGUCGUAUCAACUCGUGUUCAACAAGCGAGUUUUAGAUCAUUUGCACGGUUUUAAGUCUUAUCCUUACGGAUAUUCGCGACUGGAUGCACAAGAUUUGGAGAACAUGGUCUUGUUGCUUUUAUAA